GAUCAAUCAAAAAUGUUUAUAAUUGUAGAAACAAUUGAAGAUGGUAAAGUUAAUUUAUGUGUUGUGCCCGAGAGUUGGGAGAAGAACGGCAUUUUAUUUUGGCCACCAGGACGAAAAGGAAUGAACCUUCGAAAAGAUGACAGCGUUUUACCAGAUAAUUGGUCAAAACAAAAAUGCACUAUAAAAAGAAAAAAUUUUCCUACAUUUCAAGCUGCUAUCAAAGCAGAAAAAUAUUUAAGUCGGUUUGAUGAUACCGAGGACGAAGAAAAUUAUUUGGCGCAGAAUUCUUCAAAACAAACAGAGCGUUUUCAGGAUAACAAUAAUAUUGACUUUAAUCAUUUAUUAACAGAAAAUAAUAAUACAAAUAAUAACAUGUGCAUGAUUGAAAAUGUAGACAAUCAUUCUGCAAUCAAUUCAGUUUCAAUCUCCGAUCAAAUUUCAAAGAGUAGUUCACAACAAUUAGAAAGUGUGAUGGAAAUUGCAAAUGCAAUUGUAUUUAACGAUGAAAUUCCUGCAUUGCCAUUAGAUACUGUUCAAAGUAUUCAAAUAUUUUUUAUUUAUUUACAUAAUAAAAAACAUAUUGUGUUUUUAUGUUAGAAACGGUCUACUCAAGUUUUGUUAAAAUUUUGUAUUGAUAUUUUGAACGGUUAAUUUAACAUAUUAUAAAUGUUAAUUUUAUUGAAAAUUUAUGCUUCCACAGUUUACACAAAUUGUGACAGUAUUAGAUUUUUUGUAUUACUUUCUAAUAUA